AUGGCGGCCAAGGACUUCUCUGAUGUUGUCCUGGAAGCGACCAAAGACCAAGAGAAAGAGGACAAACGUACCUCCUUCAGUGAGAGGCUCAAGAAAAUCCGCCAGAAUAGAAACACCAGAAGAAAUGUAUCAGCAGCAGCCUUGCCCUCUACUUUGGAAGAAGGAUCCACUUCUUCUCCUCAGCUGGGCAUAACAAGGUCUCUUGGGACUCUUCCUAGCCUACCUCCUCCCUCCAUUCCUCCUCUAACCCUCCCUACUGUAGAGGAAGCGUCUCCUAAACACGAACUGACUCACGAGGAUUCUUUUGGUAUAUACUUGAUGAAUGGGAAGGAGGAAAAAGAGAAUGAGGAGAAGUUGGAGGAGAAGGAGAAAGAAAAAGAGAAUGUAGAGAUUAAAAAGACUAACCCAGAGGUAACGAUGAAAGAUGGAAAACUAGUUUCAAUAGUCGAUGAUCAUUUAUACGAAAUACCUGAACCACUACCUUCCCCUCCCCCUGCUCUACCUAGUUCCCCUCCUCCUCCAAUCCCUUUUUCAGUAGAUGAUGAUGAUAUCAGUCAGUCCCUCUCUCCUACUAUCUAUCCUGGAGAUAUACAAUUCACUGCCAGUGAUGACGUUUUCAUCGAAGGGACUUUCCCUCUUUCUUCUACAGAAACCCCGCUUACUGAGACUCCACCCACUGGCCGAGAGUCUCCCGAAGAGUCUUACGAAGACGAAGGGACCAGACGUCGAUCAAUAAUGUCAACCACUUCAGCACAAGACCUUCAUUUCAAGCCCUCGCUUAAAAAAUGGGGUGUGGUUAAUCUUAACGAGCUCAACGGGACCCCACCUUCUUCAUAUGACGACGGAAAAGACGGCGAAUAUUUCAAGUCUCUGGGCCCGGCCCCUGGGUAUCAUAAUCGUAGCUACAGUGGUCUAUCCCGGGUCAGUGGGGGCGGAGUUGAAAUGAGUCUUGAGAGUAUUACAGAACUGACUGAUCCUUCCCUACCACCACAGCUGGUACAAGACAAGCUGACGUCAGAUAACCUUAAAGAAGGUGACAUUGAUGUAAAAGAGGUUGCUAAGGCCAGCUGGAGAGCUAAGAAGCCUCCUGCAAUAGAGCCAGCCAUUAAGAAAGAAGAUGAAUUCAAGACUGUCAGUGCUUGCCAGUUAACUAUUGUGUCUGAUAUACCCGGUCUUACUGGAAACAAAGAAGAAGAGAAAGGAGGAGUAAAAGAAGUGGAGACUGGAGCUAAGAAGAAAGUGGAGCCAUUACAUGUGUAUGAGCUAGUACAGCAAGAUGAAGGAUACGAGUUUAUCCAGCCACGCCCUCCACCAACUCCUGCUCGAUCUGCAACGUUUUCUUCUGGCUCUGUGUCUCCUCCUGUUUCUCCAAGCACAGUGUCUUCAUCUCCUCCUCUCUCUCCCACGUCUCUCUCUCCUCCUCUCUCACCCACUGGAGGAGCAGGAGCCAAGAAUGAUGGAAGACAGACCAUGCUUAAACUUCAUAUGCACACAGUUCAUCCAGGUGUAAUGUACAAGAUGUUCAGGGUGAGUGAUAGCACUACAGUACUUGAUCUUGUCUCAAUGGCUCUCAAGAAAGCUAACCUCAUUGAAGAUCCUCACAGCUAUACCAUAUACAAUAUACAGACCGCUAACAAAGUUAUUGUACAGUCUAUCAAAGAUGGUGGUUACGUCUUACCAUAUCUCAUUAAAACUAAGGAAGGAACACAAUGGGAGCUUAGAAGAAAGAAAGACACCAAAAAAGUUGAAAUUAUCAUUGAUGUCAGUGGUGCUAGUAAGAAGAGUAUGUCUUUAUUCGUGUCUCCACAAACCACAUCCCAAGAGGUGACUCUACUCCUCUCUAGGAAACUUGGACUCACGAUUCCUAAGGGAAAGGAGAGUCCUUACAGGAUAUUAUUAGUACAGGAUGAUGAUACAGAUGAAAGGAUGGUUGGGUCUGAUAGUCCUUUGCUCUACAGUCGUUCCUCUAGUACCAGCUCCUCCUCCUCCUCCUCCACUGAUAGGUUUAAAAUGGUAGAUAUUGUUCAGUAUCUCACUAAAGAGGGCGAUCCUUCAUCUUCUACUGAAGCAGCAGCUCCUAAGCCUAAAGACUUUGAAUCAGCUAAGAUCAUACUACAGCAGUCUCAUGAGAGAUUGUUGGAGCUACAGAAAGAGCUGGUUGUCAAAGGCUAUACAAUCAAACAAAUUGAAAGAAACUUUGAAGAAACUAGAAAACAGAAUGAUACACUACAGACCCAACUGGAUACAUUGCAGAGUGAUGUCAAGACAUAUCAGGAGAAAAAUAAAGUAUUGACACAGACAGUGGAAGAGCUACAUGAAACUCUAUCAGUGUUGACGUCAAAGAAUAAAGAGCUGUCUAACAGUGUCUCAGUGCUGAGUAAAGAGAAUGACAAGAUGAAGGAAGAGCAUCAGAAAGAUGAACUAACUAUUGCCAAACUGCAUCAAGCUAUGAAUGAAGCAACUCGCGUAUCAAAAGAAGAAAAGGAAGCCCUCAAGUGUGAUUAUACUUUACUGGAGGAUGAGAGGGAUAGGCUCUUGAAACAGAUCGAAGAAUUUCAAACACAACCACAUGAUAAAGCAAUGGCCAAUACCGGUUCUUCAAGGUCGUUGUACUCUUUACUAAAUGGACGUGUUCAGAACCUUUUAGUAUCAGUACAAUUGAGACGUUUGCCUGACGAAGGACUUGGCAUCAUGUUAACUAAUAAUCCGAGUGGGAGUGGCUGCGUUAUUAAGAACGUAACGGAAUCAUCACAAGCUCAUGGAACUUUAUUGACAGGAGACAGAUUGCUUGAAGUGAAUGGAGAAGAUGUGAGUACUACCAAUCAUAAAGACAUUCUAAAGGUUCUAGAGAGACAGCUAAAUGAUGGAACGGUUCAGAUAGUUGUAUGUCGGGAUAAUUUUGAAGGAGAGGGAGCUAGAGAGAGUGAUAGCAGAAGUGAUAUUGAACAAUUAAAGGAAGAAUGUUCAAGGUUAAAAGCACAGCUAUCAGAAGCUCAUUCCCUCCUUAAUGAGAAUGAGCUCCUGCUACAGGAGAGAGAAGAGCAGAUUGAGAGAACCAAGAGCCAGUUGUUGCCCAGUAAAGACAUUGAUAGUCUUAAGAAACAAUUACUGGAGAACCAGCUAUCAACAGAUAAAUCAGAAUCACUUGCUGAUACACUUAAGGAUGCUUCAAAGGAGGAGUUACUUGAUACUCUCCGGACAGUAGAGGCAGACUGCUUAAGAAACAAAGAAUCUCUUGAUCGUCUAUUUGCUCUUAUUGUUGGUCAUACUCCUGAGUUACUAUCUGUAAUGGCUGAAGUACAGCCACCAGAAGGGGAUGAUCUUGAGGAUGGCAGUGAAUUUGAUGAUGAAGAUAUCAAUACUAGUUCCCCUGUAUCUCCCUCUCCUCCUCCGGCUAAAACUGGUGGUUGGUGUUAAUUUUUGUAUCACUUUUGUAACUGCAUGGUCACGUAUUUUAUACUGUUUGCCCUUUUUAAAAUUUCUACCAGUUUUUAAUGUUACGAUUUCAAUUGAUUUUAUCAUUAAA